UCUCAAACACUAAGCCUCAGAAAAAUUUUGUUUAUAUUAGCGCUGAGAACGGAGGAAGCCUGGAUUUAAGUCACAGAGAGAGAGAGAGAAAGAGAGAGAGAGAGAGAGGGAGGAAUUCUUAGCAGUAAGUUUCUCAGCAUGGCUGUGAUCACUUGGUCAUUAAUGAAUAUACUAGUUGCUGGUAAAUGCCACUUCUGAUCUGCAAAAAAGCGAAACUGAACAUUUGCCAAACAAACCUGUGACAUUAGAUGCCAGGAGACACACCUUGACGUGAGUCAGAAGACUGCAGAGACUUUCCAAGCAAAAAACGCAAUGCCUGUGGUUAAGGCAGAGGACGAGGCUCUGGCUCAGACGGCUGUGGAAACGACGGACUCUCUGAACUCAGACCCUCCUAAAGGCAGACGCAGGAAAAGACCUCUGCAGAGGGGAAAACCUCCAUACAGCUACAUCGCUCUCAUCUCCAUGGCCAUCGCCAGCUCUCCUGAUCGCAAACUCACUCUUGGGGGCAUCUACAAGUUUAUCACGGACCGCUUUCCUUUUUACCGGGACAAUUCUAAAAAGUGGCAGAACUCCAUCCGGCACAAUCUGACACUCAACGACUGCUUUGUUAAAAUCCCGCGAGAGCCAGGGAGACCAGGGAAGGGUAACUACUGGGCGCUGGACCCAAAUGCCGAGGACAUGUUUGAGAGCGGAAGCUUCCUGCGACGCCGCAAACGCUUUAAACGCUGCGAUUUUACCACCUACUCUACCUCCACAUCAUCAUACCAUCACGAUUCACCCAUUUUUUCCCCAGUCCAGAUCACCUCCUCUGUAUACGGCUCAGUGUACCCGACCUACGCGCCACAAAUCUCUCCCCCGUACUAUCCUCCAUCCACGACCGGAUUUGCAUCGACCCAGUCUCGCGUGUUCAGCAUCAACACAAUAAUCGGGUCCAGCGGUUUGGCGCACAGCCCCCCUGAGACGCCGCCGGUGCAGCCGCCAUGCCGUAACUUCAACCAGGAUGCAGGAGGAUCAUGCUCGCUAAACUCCAAUCACAUCGCCUUCUCCUACUCCAAUGCUGGAAAUCAUGGGUAUGGCCAGGCCGCUCAGGGCAUGUUUACGCACAACAGCACGCAGAACUACAUCCCCUCGGGGCGACUAGGGGUCACAGGGUCGUCUCCCAUCAGUGCAGAUGUAGCAAAUGAUUCGUACCUUCACAACAGUGGUGGAACAGGUGGCUACAUGAGACCUGUAACGUAUCCGUCAUGCAUGGACAGGUUUGUUUCUGCCAUUUAAAAAAGAUUAUGAAGGUGCUAAAAAUAUAAAAAAUAAAAUGACGAAUGAAUGAUAAUAAAUAAAAACCUCACUGCUGGGGAGCAGACACCCGGACGCUUAGCCGCUCAGACGCCCAGACGCUUAGCCGCUCAGAUGCCCAGACGCUCAGACGCUACAUUAUUAUUUAAAUACUGUUUUAUUAAACCCUGAGCUCAUGGACAUGAACUUUUUUGCUGCACAUGUGGAAAAUACAGCAGGAUCUCAGGUCACAUGUUCCUCUUUUUUAUCUUCCAUCUUUUCUUUUUUGUCUUUUUUUCUUUUGUUUUUUGUUUUCACAUUUGAUGUGAAAUGGCGUUUGAAAAAGACUUGAUGUUAUCGUCUCAUGGCACAGAAUUCACCUCACUGACUCUGAAACGUUUCUAUUUUUUUUCUUAUCAAAACAAUAAAUCAAUCAAUAAAUCAAUCAAUAAAUAAAAAAAGUUAUUUAGAUGAAUAAGAUAUUAACUGUUUUUUCCUUUAUCAUGUGUGAAAUGUGUUCCGGUGUGAUUCUGUAAAAAAUAUAAAUAUAUAUUCCCGAAACGUUUAUUUAGGCUUUAUGUUAAAGAAUUGAAUUUCACCAUGGGUGUAUUAUUCUGUGUUUUACUGAAUUUCUUUCCUUUGUGCAGAUAUUUAAAUAUGAAACUCUCGCUGUGUGGAGAAAAACGAAAAAUGACUAAUUUGUGGAAAAUCAAUUAUUUGGUGGUUGUUGUUUUUUUUUUUAAAACUAUUAAAAAUAUUUUUUUUGGUUAAAGUUAUUCAGAUAUUUGACCUCUGUUAUAACAAUGUGUUUUUUGAUUAAAUAUUUUAUAAUCUAAAUUAAAUAGUUGUAGAAAAAUGGAAA